UUCUCUCAAAGGCAUCUUGCAUCAGCCUGUGGAUGUAUGCCUACCACGGGGCUCCUUCACCGGCAAAGUGGAAAAGAAGUGGUUCCCAGCGAAUUCUUCUUUUGGGGUUGGGGGGACCACACUGGACUAGAAACCGUUUUCUUCUUUUCAAAACUGGGCGUCCCUGGAUGGAAGGAAAUCUACAAGUGGCCUGACAUUCGAUGUUCUAGAAAAUUCUGAGGCUUGUUGCUUGACUUCUUUUAAAGCUGAAAUAAUUGAAGAGGAGCAGAGGCCUUCUGCUUGGGAGGAUUCUGUCCUACAGAGAAUGUUCUGCACCCAUUGACGUCUGCCACAGGCUCCUGAAGACAUGCCCCAAGGCACAGCUCGGAGAGAUCAAGUCUCCAAUUCCAAUCCUUUCUGCAGGCUCGCAUCUCUUUCCUGUUGGACUAUGGCUUGCUCUGCUUUGAAGAUGCCUCCAGGACCCAGAGGGAGCCAUUAGCUAGCCUUGUUUCUGUGGAGAUCUUUGGCUGCACUUUCGCUGUCUCUCCCAGAGGUGAGAGGCCGUGGUUCCCGAAGCCUCAGGCUUGGCACCAGCUCCUCCCUGACUCCAGAUCCAACUCCGUCUUCUGAAAUGAUCCCGACUCCCAGAAUGCCCCUGGUGCUGCUCCUGCUCUUGCCCAUCCUGGGUUCUGCAAAAGCUCAGGUUAAUCCAGCCAUAUGUCGCUAUCCUCUGGGGAUGUCAGGAGGCCACAUUCCAGAUGAGGACAUCACAGCUUCGAGCCAGUGGUCAGAAUCCACGGCUGCCAGAUAUGGGAGGCUUGACUCUGAAGAAGGAGAUGGAGCCUGGUGCCCUGAGAUUCCAGUGCGACCCGAUGAUCUGAAAGAAUUUCUGCAGAUUGACCUACGUACCCUCCACUUUAUCACUCUUGUGGGGACCCAGGGACGCCAUGCAGGGGGUCAUGGCAUUGAAUUUGCACCCAUGUACAAGAUCAACUACAGUCGAGAUGGCACUCGCUGGAUCUCCUGGCGUAAUCGGCAUGGGAAGCAGGUGCUAGAUGGGAACAGUAACCCUUAUGAUGUUUUCCUGAAGGACUUGGAGCCACCCAUUGUAGCCAGAUUUGUUCGCCUUAUCCCAGUCACUGACCACUCCAUGAACGUGUGCAUGAGGGUUGAGCUUUAUGGUUGUGUCUGGCUAGAUGGCUUGGUGUCUUACAAUGCUCCAGCUGGACAGCAGUUUGUACUCCCUGGAGGCUCCAUCAUUUAUCUGAAUGAUUCUGUCUAUGAUGGAGCUGUUGGAUACAGCAUGACUGAAGGACUAGGCCAGUUGACCGAUGGGGUAUCUGGCCUGGAUGAUUUUACCCAGACCCAUGAAUACCAUGUGUGGCCCGGCUAUGACUACGUGGGUUGGCGGAAUGAGAGCGCUACCAAUGGCUACAUCGAGAUCAUGUUUGAAUUUGACCGCAUCAGGAAUUUCACCACUAUGAAGGUCCACUGCAACAAUAUGUUUGCUAAAGGUGUGAAGAUCUUUAAGGAGGUCCAGUGCUACUUCCGCUCUGAAGCCAGUGAGUGGGAACCCACUGCCGUCUCCUUUCCCCUCGUCCUGGAUGAUGUGAACCCCAGUGCUCGGUUUGUCACAGUGCCCCUCCACCACCGAAUGGCUAGUGCCAUCAAAUGCCAGUACCAUUUUGCCGACACAUGGAUGAUGUUCAGUGAGAUCACUUUCCAAUCAGAUGCUGCGAUGUAUAACAACUCUGGAGCCCUGCCCACCUCUCCUAUGGCACCCACAACCUAUGAUCCCAUGCUUAAGGUUGAUGAUAGCAACACUCGGAUCCUGAUUGGCUGCUUGGUUGCCAUCAUCUUCAUCCUGCUGGCUAUCAUCGUCAUCAUCCUGUGGAGGCAGUUCUGGCAGAAGAUGCUAGAAAAGGCUUCCAGGAGGAUGCUGGAUGACGAAAUGACAGUCAGCCUUUCCCUGCCCAGCGAGUCCAGCAUGUUCAAUAACAACCGCUCCUCAUCACCAAGUGAACAGGAGUCCAACUCGACUUAUGAUCGAAUCUUCCCCCUUCGUCCUGACUACCAGGAGCCAUCCAGACUCAUCCGAAAGCUCCCAGAAUUUGCUCCAGGGGAGGAGGAGUCAGGCUGCAGCGGUGUUGUGAAGCCAGCCCAGCCCAAUGGACCUGAGGGCGUGCCCCACUAUGCGGAAGCCGACAUAGUGAACCUCCAGGGAGUGACAGGCGGCAACACCUACUCAGUGCCGGCUGUCACCAUGGACCUGCUCUCGGGAAAAGAUGUGGCUGUGGAAGAAUUCCCCAGGAAACUGUUGACUUUCAAGGAGAAACUGGGAGAAGGCCAGUUUGGGGAGGUUCACCUCUGUGAAGUGGAGGGAAUGGAAAAAUUCAAAGACAAAGAUUUUGCCCUAGAUGUCAGUGCCAACCAGCCUGUCCUGGUGGCUGUGAAGAUGCUCCGAGCAGAUGCCAACAAGAAUGCCAGGAAUGAUUUUCUUAAGGAGAUAAAGAUCAUGUCUCGGCUCAAGGACCCAAACAUCAUCCGUCUCUUAGCUGUGUGUAUCACUGAUGACCCGCUCUGCAUGAUCACGGAAUACAUGGAAAAUGGAGAUCUCAAUCAGUUUCUUUCCCGCCACGAGCCUCUGAGCUCUUGUUCUAGCAAUGCCACAGUCAGUUAUGCCAACCUGAAGUUUAUGGCUACCCAGAUUGCCUCUGGUAUGAAAUAUCUCUCAUCCCUUAACUUUGUCCACCGAGACCUGGCCACACGAAACUGCUUAGUGGGCAAGAACUACACCAUCAAGAUAGCGGAUUUUGGAAUGAGCAGAAACCUGUACAGUGGUGACUACUACCGGAUCCAGGGCCGGGCAGUGCUCCCUAUCCGCUGGAUGUCCUGGGAAAGCAUCUUGCUGGGCAAAUUCACCACAGCAAGCGAUGUGUGGGCCUUUGGGGUGACUCUGUGGGAGACUUUCACCUUCUGCCAUGAGCAGCCCUACUCCCAGCUGUCGGAUGAGCAGGUUAUUGAGAAUACCGGAGAGUUCUUCCGAGACCAAGGGAGGCAGACUUAUCUCCCUCAACCAGCCAUUUGCCCCGACUCUGUGUACAAGCUGAUGCUCAGCUGUUGGAGAAGAGAUACCAAGCACAGACCAUCAUUCCAAGAAAUACACCUUUUGCUUCUUCAACAAGGGGAUGAGUGAUGCCAUCCAUGCCUGCCGAUGUUCCUGUGGCCAAGGUCCUCCCCACAAGACCUACCGCUAACCCACAUCUAAGCCACUCCAUCUGGACAUUUAAUGGACUCGAGAGACAGAGAAUUGUUCACUUUGCCCUCUUACUGUCUCUUGUCUCCUCCAGUACACUUCCCUACCCCCUACCACUGACUCAUAUAUAUAUACUUUUUUUUGUACUGAAAUAACUAAAAGAGAAAAAAAUAGAGCAGAUAAAAUUUAGUAAAAAUAUUACUUGAUAUACCAAAGUGUUAGAUCAUAAAGGCUAGAAACUCAGAUAAUUUAUAAAGGUUAUGCUUAUGUUUAUAAGUGUGCAGAUCCUACAAUAUUUUUCCAUGUCUCUUUCUAUAAAAUAUCUUUAGAAAGAAAAACUUGAAGAAUACGAAUGUUUUGGGAAGCAUGAGAUUAGGCUUAAGGAAAAUACUUGGUGGCUCUGAAGAAUUGCAGGACUUGGCAUUCCAUAACUGAUGGAUGUUUUUCUGUCUGGACAUAUCCCACUCUCGCUCUUAAGUCUCUCUCUCUCAUUUCUCUCUCUCUCUCUCUCUCUCUCUCUCUCUCUCUCUCUCUCUCUCUCCCUCUCCCUCCCCCCUCUCUCCUCUCAAAGUGAGUGACAUGUACUUAAAAGUUAAAAAGCUCUAUCUUGUAUCUUGGAAUGAAUAUUUUCUUCAUUCAUGGGCAGAGAUCAGGGUGUAAUUGUGAAACAGGGCAUAUGGGCAGGAAAAAGUGUGUUGUAAGGCUUGAAGGACAGUAGUUAUAUACAGAAAAGAAAGGUUGCACAGGAUUCUCAGUGGACAGGGUCAUAGGAAAGGAGGUCCAUGGAAGACGAAUAGCAGAUGUACUAUUUGUUGUUCCCAUGUGAGGGUCUUUAUCUUAACCAUUUUCACCCCUGUUUUUCAGUGACAACUUGACUUUUUAUUAAGUAAAAGCCCAACAUUUUGGUAUUUUAA